AUGGAGCGCGCAAACCAAUUGAACGUUAAUGAAGCGGGCUUUUAUAUACCGCAUCAUGCAGUUAUGUGGAAGUUUCGCGUUGUGUUCAAUGCCUCAGCGAGAACUACAACCGGCGUCUCCCUGAACGAAGUUCAGUUGGUAGGAACCACAAUACAAGAGCCGCUACUUAACAUAAUAUAUCGCUUUCGCCGCUUUCGCAUCGCAUUGUCUGCCGAUGUUGAGAAGAUGAGGGAGUCCCCAACCGACGACAUCACUAUAUACCGCCUUACAACGGUGACUUAUGGUACGGCUGCAGUCCCUACAACGCGGUCCGCGCAAUCAACCAAUGCGCAUACGACAACUACAAGGUGGUCGCUGAUAGUCAAUAAAUCGAUAGCGGCACGCGAUGCGAUCUUGUCGUCUUUUUAUGUCGACGAUUUUCCUACCAGCUGUGAUACCGAAGAAAAUGCAACUGAACUUGCAGCCAACGUGACUUCGCUAUUGUCUGAAGGCCACUUCCGUUUACGUAAAUGGAACUCCAGUAGUGGUGAAAUAUUAGCACGCUUGAUUGGCAACCGUUCUUCUAACGUAGAGAUGACCAUCGAAUCACCAACAGCAACUGUACUUGGGCUUCGAUGGGAUGCAGCAGGUGAUGAGCUAUUUUUCAAGGUAGAUCUGAAAGAGAACAUAGGCUUUCUAACGAAGCGACGGGUACUAAGUGACGUCGCAAAACUAUUCGACCCUAUCGGCAUACUGGCACCAGUUAUUGUUACUGGAAAAAUAUUCAUACAAAGGUUGUGGGCUGCUGGCUUGUCGUGGGACGAACCACUUCCAGAUGAACUUCAAACCAUCUGA